GUGUCACGGGGCGGCGGGGGGCGGGCUGGAGAGGCGGGGCAGCCUGCGGGGCCUGUGGGGCGCGGGCCUGGCGGCGGCAGGGCGGUGCUGUGAGGGGAGGCGCCUGUCACCCCGAGGCUCGCAGGGUCACCGCCUUCAGCAGGGCCUCGGGGGCGUAACAGGCGCCCUGCAUCACCCUGCCGUGUGCCGGUCACGCCGCGCCAGGCCUGGGGGGGCGCGGGGCCACCACGCAGGACGUCACCGCCCCGCCAUGCCGUGCUUCGCCGCCCUCCCUGACGCUGCAGAGCUUUCUAAAGUAACCUCCGUGACAUGCCUCGCUACCAAACAGACGAGCCCACGGCUAACUAAGUAGGUGUAACAGUAUGGGAAGUCUUCAAUCUGACAUUGGGGAGUUGGCUCACCACUUGAAGCAGGAGAAGCUCUUCUUGGAGGCAGAGAAACAACAGAUACAACAGCUCAAUGAAAAAGUAAGGAAGACCAUUGAGCGGGCUUACCAUGCCUCCUGGGUGCGAGGGGAGCAACAGAGGAACUACCAUGACUUGGUGCUGCAGCCACACUCCUCCCCGCCUGCUUGCUGCCAGCGGGCCAACCUGCUCAACCAACUCAAGUUUGUUGAUGGAUACAAGGUUCUGGGAUUCAAUGAAUCCCUGUAUGGGGACCUGCUGGCAGGCCUCCGGGAAAACCCUCGGCUGUUGGCAAGAUGUCUGGUGCUGGGGGAGAAGCAGAGUCAGGAGGCAAUGCAGAUGGCAGCUAGGACAGUGUUUGCCUCCAUCUACGCUAACUGUCUCCUGCCUGACGAUGAGACAUACACCCUUAACCUUCUGAAGCACCUGAUGGAGCUGCAGCUGGCCACCUCAGAGACUCCGCGGCGCCUCCUGCGUCACGGCUCCUGUGCCUUCAGUCAGAUCUACCAGGCCUAUGUGGACUCCCUGCCCCAGGCCAAGGUGUUUCUGACGGCCGCCCUCCACCAACCCAUCAUGCAACUUCUCAUGGAGGAUGAACUCUUCCUUGAUGUAGACCCUUCUAAAGCUGCUGGUCGCUUCUUGCCUGAGGAGCGCACCCGCAGGUUUGGGAAAGAAGGAACGCCAGAGUACGAUGCUGCCUUGGCCAAGUACCGAGCAUGGACCAUCACCAAGCUGGUCAAAAUCACUGAGAGAUUCAUAGAAAGCAUCAAGGAGGCGAUGAACUGCUUCCCACCACAACUGUCGUGGCUUGUCCGAGUCCUCUAUGAGGUUCUCCUCACAGCGAAGAGGACUGACACGAGGGAGGUCAGCGCCAUCUGUGUUGACUUGGUGUUUGCCUUCUUUCUGUGCCCUGCCAUGGUCACCCCAGAGCCGUAUGGGAUCUGUGAUGCUCCCAUAUCACACAUCUCCAGUUUUAAUCUAAUGCAGAUUGCUCAAAUUUUGCAAGUGUUGGCCAUGAGCCGGUGGGAACCUCACGACACAAGGCUGUCUGACCUGUACUCCCACUUUGACAAGGAGAUGACGGCCAGUGUUGUUGACAGCAUCUUGGAGGGUGGGGGAACAGAGGUCCCGCCACCAGCCUCCUGCCUCAACAGCCCCCUCAGCACCCUCAUCCGCUCCUCUUGCCUCAUCCCUGAGCCCCACCUGCAGUCCUUUGUUACCUUCCUGCAAACGGUGAUGGGUGAGCUGCCAGAUGACGAUCUGAUGCGCAAGGACCUGGAGACUGUGGUUGGCCGUCUCAAGACUUCCCACCUAUCCCCAGUCCCCUCCAGUAGCUCAGCCAUCUCCACUCCUAACACCACUAAGAAGAACCUGCUGGGGCGUGUCAAGUCCAACAGGAUCAAGGCCAACAAGAGCCAAAGUGAGGGCAGUGGCGACUCAGAUUCCCUAGGGUCACUACAGGACUCCACAGGGGGAAGCUCCACCCAGCUGCCAGGCCAAGGAAGUCUAGAGGAUGGGGAAUCAACGCAACCACCACUGGACUAUGACACAGUUCUGGUCAUCUCCCUCAACACAUUCAGCCCCCCAGAGUGCCCAGGACUCAUGGCUGAGGAGAAGGUCCUUUCUACAGUCCAGGCCUCCAAGACCACAUCCCGUGUGAGAAUGAACGUGGAGGAUGAGGGGGACGGGGGCGGGGGAGAGGCCACCAUAGAGAAACGAACAAGGUUUUCUCUUUCCCAUGAUGAAGGAUCCAUUGGCAACACAUCAGACAACCUGGAGGCCAUCAGUGAGGCAGCCAGCAACCACAGUGUGGCCUCCAGCCUUGAUGAUGUGGAACAGGAGGACCAGCCAGACAACCUCUCAGACAUGGUGUCAGCCAAUGUGUCGGGCCGAGGCACCCCCAAUGUGUCGGGGCGGGACACACCUUCUUCCCAGGUGACGGAAGGGGAAGAGGCAGGCCUCAGGAGUGGAGAGGAGAAUCAGCCACCCCGACCAAAUGUUCCUGUUACAGUCCCCAAGUCAGCCAGGGCUGAUAUUGAAGAAAAGUUUGGUCGGUUUGAGAUUAAGCCCAUGAUUGGUGGAGAUGAGACCAUCUCUCUGGUCUCAGACACUUGGAGCACAGACGUGUUGGCCAGUGACUCCGAGACCAUCGAGGCAGCUGACCGGGCUGAUCGGGGAGACCAGUUCCAUGAUCAACUUCUGAACCGGCACCUGGCUGAGCUGGACCGAAUGCAAGGAGACUACCUUGGAAGGGAUUCUGGCGGGGAGACCUUUGAGACGGCCUCUGAAGCCUGGAGCACUGAUGUUCUUGCCUCAGACUCAGAAAGGAUGACUGAGUUUGACACUGAUGAUGCCCAAAGUGUGGCACGCUCAGAUGACACAGGACGGUCUGAAGUAGAGGUUGAGUUGGGAGGAGGAGAUAUGCUGCGGCCUGAGCCUCUGCCUCAGGAGGACAACAUUACUCCCCGGGCCCAGGGAUCUCGCUCCCCUGUAGAUGGGGCAGUUGGAGGUGGCAGUGGCAGUGGAGGAAUACUGAAGCCCGUGCCAGUCCUUCCACCGCCACCACAACUGGCUGAGACGAGCGGGGUCAUGCCCAGUGGCAUACUGAAGCCCAUCCCAAUACUGAACAGGGCAGGCCGGCCAGCCACACCCCCAAGGGUGGAGUUCCAACCCAUCCAUCCAGCAGUGGAGGAAAGAGUUCUCAUAGACAGUCGGGAGGGUGAGGGCACAUCCCAGGCUGAUCAGGAGGUUGCUUCAGCCACCCAGUCCCUGGGUCGCCUCAGCCUCAAUCUGUCCACUCUGCCCAACAAUGGCAUUGUGUCUGGUGACCAACACCUACUUCUCAAUACUUUCAUUGGAGAAGGAGGGAGGGGAGGAUCCUGUGGCCCAUUAAUGGAUUUGGGUGGUGGUGGUGGUGGUGGUGGUACUGGUGGUGGGGGUGGGGGUGGUGGGGCAGCAGAAGGUGGUCACAUUGCAGUUCACCAUAAGCUGGCUGCUUCAAGUGACCGAGGUUCUGGUGAGGACAGCAGCCUGCACCUCAGCACCACCAGCCUGGCCUCCUCCAGCAGUUCUGGCUCAGAUGGGGUUGGUGGCUCAGGAAAGUUGCGGUCUACAUCAGGCAUUGGCCCCAGCCCUGCACCUGAGCCUGUGGAUGUGUCUGAGUCCACUGCACCAGCUGGCAGUAUGGCAGCUACUGGAGCCAUCCCAAAGAGCAUCAGCUUUGACAAGACAGCCGAGCGAGGAGAUCGAGACCUGUUAGAUGGUGAUGCCAAGCAUAAGCGUGGAUUUUUCAAGAACUUCAAGCUUCCAGGGUUCAAGGGUCGCCGCAAGCCUGGGACCCGAACUGGUGAUGAGUCAAAUUACAUCCGGGCUGGUUUGGGUGGCCAGGAUGCCAGCAUCCGUCGCUCAUUGCCAGAGGAGACCAGACCUCCCACCAUUGAGGAGACAAGUGAUGACAUUCUGGCCAAGUACCGCAACAAGAAGCCAAGUUUGGAUGCCUCAGAGACAGACGCUGGCAUGAUGACCAACCAGCACGGCCUUCCUGCCAAUGAGAUGCCCAAGACAGAGGAGGACGAGAGGCUGUACAUUGAUCCAGCCAACAUAGAGGUGAGCUAUGCCUUCAUGGAUGCCAAGAGAAAGCUGCGUCUUGUCCUGAGCAUCGCCGACUUCUCCAUUUCUCCCCAUGUGCCUGAGUUUGGUGUGCCAGGCAGUUCAGAUAGCAGCAUGGACAGUGAUGUGCUGACUUGGCUGAGGUGUCAGCUGGCGGAGGCGACCAACCUUCAUGACCGCUCCCUGGUGGCCCAGCUACAUGAGACUCUUCGCUGUGUCCAGCUGUUUGAUGCACAGGGCAGAGAACAGCUGGUAAGGAGUCUGAUUGAUGACUACCGCACCCGAUCACCCUACGUGGCCUACUUGGUGCGGAGCCGACAGGGUCUUCUCACCACCAUAGCACACCUUGAGAAGCUGCUGUCAAGGAUCAAGGCUGACUCUCUGGUGGUGAUGUCCUCCAUCGUGGGUGUUUGCGUGCGCAUGUUUCUGGAACGGCGGGAGCAGUGCCUCAGCCGCUUCACCCACGACUUUAUGUUACUUACUGUGCCAGAUGAGAAGGUGCAGCUGGUGGAGAACUUCCUCAUGCAGCUGUAUUCGGAGCUGGAGCGUGACCCCAUGUGGAUCAGCAGCACCAGGGACCAGCUGGACGCGGCCCAGUUGGUGCUGGAGCGUGUUGUCAUGUCACACAUCUACAUUCAUGCUCUCUAUCCCAAUGGUGAUGGGGAUGUAUCCAGAGACCAGGUGUUGCAUGAACACAUGAAGAAACUGGCAGCUGUUAUCACCCCAACCCACAAGGAUCUAAGAAUACCCAAGCUGUACCAGUAUGAGUGUCCAUGGCCCAGCGCACAGGCGGAGAUUGUGAGCAUCAGUGCCUACAAGACCCCUGGAGACAAGCUGCAGUGUGUGGUGCGCGCCUCGCAGACCAUCAUGAAUCUGCUCUCUCUCGCCCAUGACCAGUCGGUGCCCGCUGCUGAUGACUUCAUGCCAGUUCUUGUCUAUGUUCUCAUAAAGGCAAACCCUCCAGCCCUGCUCUCCACAGUGCAGUACGUCAACUUGUUCUUUGAGAAGCGGCUUAAGGGGGAGGACCAGUACUGGUGGACACAGUUCUGUGCUGGGAUUGAGUUCAUCAAGACAAUGGACUAUCACCUCUGACAUGGUGAGGACACAUCACAGAUUGGACAUUGUUUGUGCCAUUGCUAGCAAGGUGAGAACCAUGGCUGUAACCAUUGUUAAAACAUGUGAUCUUUCCCCUCGGAUGUACAAGUUAUUUUUCCAAAACUGGGUGAUGUGGAAGACAGCACAAAAAUUUAAGGUUGUUGUGAGACUAAAGUUAGAGAUGGUUUAUAUUGAAUGGUCUCUCAUUCAUGAAGGAAUGAGGCUGAUAUUGUUUCUAAAAAGUCAAGUUUCUCGUACAGUAACUGUGAUGCCAGAUAGCAAAAAGUGCUCAACUCUUUUUGACGUAAGUUGGGAAUUAUUAAAUUGAUUCAUUAAUGCAUUUCUGCAAAUGGAAAACUGGUUAGGUUAGAUGAUGUAUGGUUUUGAUAUUUAAAACAUAUGCAAAAUAUACAUAGUGUCGUAUUUCCCAAGCAUAAUAACGUAUGCUUCAGGUGAACAUGGUAUUUUAGAAUACAGCUCCUCCCCUACUGUUAAGUAAGCCCUUGAGUACCUCUCCCACAAAAGCCAAACAGGAAAAUUUACAUUCCAUCUUAUCUGUUAUUUUUGGUACUUCUAGGUAGUACAAUAAAUUUUUAGGACUUUUUCCAUUGAAAUCAUUUGGCUGGUGAGGAAUAGACUCACAGGUGAAGUAUUGAGCCAUUUCAGUCAAUUGUGCGUAGGUUUCUAAUUAAAUAAGUGAUACGACUACUGUCUAAAAGUAUUUUUAGUAGCUGCUAUUUAAAAUGUGCAAAGUCUAUGAUUUGCUUGCAUAAAAGAAAAAAAUUGGCCCUUAGAUAUAUCUAUAUAAUUUGUGAUUUCUUGGACUCAACUUACAAUAAUAUUUAUCUAUUUAUUUAUGUAUUUAUUUUUCAUUUGUGGAAGAUACAAAGCCUAUCUUAGAGGACCAAACAACUCUUGUGUGGCUACUUGCUUGAUGUGAUACUCAUACCUUAUAUUUUUGUAGUGUGCAUCACCAAAGAGAAAUAUGAACACCCUUAAAAGUUUCCUGGUCAGGGCAUUUACAAGAGGAGGCUAAAAGACCUUGUGUGCUUGUAGCUUGCAAGAUGUUCAGUUUAUUCACCUUGUUGGAGGAUGCUUUGCUUACUCUCUGUGCUUUGGUUAUGAGCUCAUUUCAUACUAUCUUCAUAUAUAGUUAACCCUCUUGCAGUAGUUUGGACUAACUUCCAUGUAAUCCUUUUUUGCUCUCAACUGUUGAUGCUUUGGUUUGUCACCACACAAGCAGCAGUAAGAAAUUUUCUCUCAGCCAUCACCUUCAACUAGAAGUGAUGUAAUUAUCUCAGCAACAAAGUAUUUUGAAUUAGAUUUUUUUAGUGUGUAAGCACAGACAGGAUUCUAAGUGCUUAAAUGUUUUAAUAUUAAUGGUGCAAUAAAUAACAAGUGAUAGAAUGAUCACAUCUUGCAAGAAACAAAAGGCAUAUCAUUGGUUUCUGUGUGUGUUAGUGUGGCUGGCAACAUAGAGCAAGGAGGGGGAAAAGAUUUAUCUUUGCCCCUUCUGCAGUAGUGCUUCCAUUGGUCUUGAUUGGUGGCUUGCUGGUCCGCUGCCUACACCUAUGCUUUUGUUUCAAGACACUGUCCCUGAACGUGGCUGUGUGGAUCGCUUACACUUGGCAGGCUCUGAGAACAUGCCGUGUGUAAGGAAGUCUGUCCUAAUUUGGAAGUGCCUCAGAGGUCUUGUAUGUUUGAUGAAGAUGUAUUGGAAUAGUUAUCAUUCAUAUCAUUGCAUUUACAUAUUUAUUUAUAAUUUAUCAUGUAGCAUUAUAUUGAUUUGGCACAUUAGUGUGUGUAAGUCUUAGUAGGUCUUAGUACACAUAUGCAUGUUAGAUGUAUAAAAUCUGCUAAAUGUGAUCUGCUUUCUACAAAUAGUCAUGCUAUAUUUUGGAGGCUUUGGUUUGUAGGUCUGCACCCACUGUAAGCACAGGUGAUGGCUGGCAUGUAGUGACAUAGGCCCAUCCUUUGAGGCACCAGGUAACCAGCACUGCUGAGGGAUGGUAGCCGUCAUAAUUUUCCAACACUGACAGUCAAUAGGAACAGUUUAGAGCCUAAGAGAUUGAUUUUCAGGGAUAACUUUUGCUUUUUGAAAUUGGGAACAAGAUGCUGAAAUGCAUGAAACCCUUAAAGGUUAGUGCAGAAAUAUAUAACCUUGGUGCCAUUUCACAGAGAAAAAAUAUAGCCCCCCACAGUAUGUUUUGAAAUUGUAAAGAUGUUAUUUUAUUUAUGGAAAUAGUUGAAUAUGAUUGUUUUCUAAUGAGUAAGCUAUAUAGCUAAAGUUAUAAUGGAAUUUUGUAUUCCAUAGAGUAUACAGGUCCUGCUGUGUCUAAAAGCGUAACAAAAUGUUCGUAAGAAAGGAGCGCCUGUAAUAUGGAAAGUGAUGGAUUCCAUCAUUAGCCUAGUUUAUUUCCACACUUCAAAGUGUUGUAUUGAAAGGUAUGGCUAAGGAUACUAUUUAGGCUUUUUAAUGUAUAAGUACAUAAAGGGUCAAGUUGUAUAGUGAAUUACUAGUUAUGAUAAAGCAUGUGGAUGAUAUGGUCUUCCGAGUUGAAAUCCCUUGAUGAUGACUACUGAGCAGCUAAGGUACUGCUGUCAUUUCCAGAAGAAUUGGGUUGUACCUGAAAGCAAUGAUUACAGUGUUGUUGUUUUUAGUGGCUUGCACUUGCCUUAAGGAAUGUAUAUAUUUGGAAAGGAACUUUGAAAAGUCCAACUAGAAAACACUUCUCUGCUUCCUGUGACACCAGUGUUACACAGGAGGUGCACCUUCAUAGUAUCCUGUGUGCUGAUGUCUUGCAGAGGUUCACAGCUGCUCUUCUGUUCCAGUAUAUAUUUGAAGUAGAUAUUUGUGUCUCUGUGCUUUUUGCGUGUGUCCAAAACACUUGAAGGUUCACCUGCCUACACUGCCUCUUUUCUCUGGACUCCAGCACCCCCUGGAUGUAUACAUAUGCAUUGUGUUUUGUGAUGACUUCAUGACUUUGUCUUUAUGUUUUGCUGCAAUUGGGUAGAAGAGGUAUUCAGUAUACACAGACCAUGUAAAUUUUGCUUGCUUGUAAAAACAUGUCCAGCCUGUAUCCCUUGCUAUGAGUUGUACAUUCAGUGUCUUGCAGUUCCAAAGAUUUGAAAUGUUGUUGUCAUAUGUUAUAUUUAUUUUUAACUAUUAUGUAUGAUCUUGCAUGUAAAUGUUAUAUAUAAAUUCUUGACAGUUUUGAUGCCUUUAAGAACUAUUGCAUAUGCAUAUGGUCUUGGUAAACAGCAUGGCAGAAUGUUGAUUAUUAUAACAUGGGGUUUGUGGCAUGCACCCACACACACACACACACACUCACACACACACACACACACACACACACACACACACACACACACACACACACACACACACACACACAAAGCCUCAGCAGCACCCCAUAAUUAUCCUGAUACAGACAUUUAUUUAGCAGUAUGUACAUAUUAAAGCUCCCCAUUUGAGCACUCACCAUCCCCACCCUUCCACCCACCCAUCCCCAGACUACCUCAGUGAUCUGUCUUGACUGGACCUUCUAUACAGUUUCUGGUAUAAAGGGUCUAUUGCAUGACAUGUAGUUGUAGCUCUCACUUCAGGAAACUUUAUUGUGAUGCAAGAACCUUGUCCAUUGUUAACUUAAUUAGUGUCCCACACCCUAGUCUUGAUUUUAUUGUGGUUUAAUUCUAGCACCUCUUCCUGUCAUCAUUUUUUUAUUACUCUCCACUUUUUAGCUAAUCUUCAUUGUGUGAUAGGUUGUUUUUGUCUGCCUGAUAUUCGAAACAUGCAUUUUACAAUUGCAUCCCUACGUAUCAUUCACUGACCUAUAAUAAACUUUAAUUCUGCAAUACCUAUGGAGUGUGAACAGGCAUCCCAUCAAGAUAAAGUAACAAAUAAGAUUGGCUCAUAUUGACAGAAUCAGAGCCUUUUGUCAACUAAGUUGGUACUAAAAGGGUUUUUUGGUCACAGUUAUCCCCUGUAGCAAAUGUUUCUCUUUAAUCCUUGACCAUGUACUUUUCACUGAAAAUCUCCCAUUUUGUGUGUCCUCAGUGUUAGUGGCUGUGGUAGUGGUCUGAUGGCCUGAGGAGGGAGAUGUUAUAAAGAUAACACAAACAGCUUCUGCCUCCCCAGGUGAGGCCAGCAGCUGGGGACAGAGGCUGUGCUCACAAAGAAGGGUUAAUUUAUUUCAUGACUUGGUCACUGCUGACACCCCAGUACAUGUCUCAUGUGUACAUAGUGAAGUAUUUCUCUAUUGAUGUAACCCAUUGUCAUGUAUUUUCAUUAUCUCAUAUUAGAAACAAAUUUUCACAGUAACAAAUUCAAAGUGGCUUAUUUAGCUGUGCUAGGGCAGGGAGUUUUUAUGUCAUGAAUAAGUAUGUAUUCCUAUCAUUCAGCUGUUCUUCAUCGUCAAAACCAAAGGUUAAACAAGUAUAUGUUUACAUUACCGUAAAGUGAAAGAUCUCUUCCAUGGCUUUAUAGGUUGUCACUUAAAAAGGUAUGUCAUGAUUAUGCAAAUAUUUUUGUAUCUCGAUUCUUAUUAUCUGAUACACUUCCCCAGCCCUCUCUCCCUCCCUCAUUUGUUCCCUCCACUUUACCUUGGUAGCAUCACCAUGGCACCCGCCCACACCCACAUGCGACAGACAGACAGAGAUGAACAGGAGCAGACACAGACAGGCAGACAGAGAUAAAGAUACAGACAGGCAGACGCAGAUGAACAGAUAGACAGACAAACAGAACACACACACACACACACACACACACACACACCAGGGGCGUUUCUAGGGUUCAAAAAUAUUCGGGGCUAAGAGAAAAACAUCAGGGGCUGAAGUUUGCAGUGAGCGAAAAAAAAAAUGUGGGGGGGGGACCUGUUUGCAUUCACCACCAAGACAAACACAUACAGCUACACUCCCAGAUUGCACAGUAAACUACAAACUGCUCAAACUACUGGUAUAUGGCUUCAAAAUGUAGUCUUUAGUAUGAACUACAUCAAUAACAUCAGCUCCGUUCUACCAGCGGACAUACAGUACAAUACCUGUGGAGAACAUUUAUUUAUUAUUUUUUGGAGGGAUGGGGGCACGGGGCCCGGGGUGAAAAAAGGUUCAGGGCUAGAGUCAAAACAUUCGGGGCUUAAGCCCCAGAAGCCCAAGGCUAACGACGCCAGUGACACACACACACACACACACACACACACACACAUAUGGAAACAGAUAUGGAUAUGGAGACAGGACCACAUGAGUGUAAGCCCACGCCCUGUAAAACUACAACUAGGUAAAUACACACACACACACACACACACACACACACACACACACACAGUUUUGUUCAGUCUGAGUGUGGUGCAUCUUUUUCCUUGACCUGUUUCGUCUGGUAACAGUAGCAGACUUCAUCUCCUCUUUCCUCUGUUGUUAUAUUGGUCUCUAGUCAGUGAUGCUGAUUGGAGGAAGAACAAAAUAAAUAAAAAAUGCUCAUGAUGACUAUUAUACAGUAUAUGUCAAACUAUAGACAAACAAUCCAUUUAUUUCUAUAUAAUAUAUAUUUUUAUUUUGUACAUUUUUACCACCGAAAGUAUAUUUUAAUCAGAAGGAAUGUCCAGGUUUUCUCUGAUGUUGCCUGCAUUGUGUCUCUCUGGGUCAUCAAGCCACCGUGAACAAUAGUACACAAGUAUAUAUAUUAGCUAACAAAGAGGCCUGAUUAACUGUUUAGUUGUAGGAAGCUUGUAGUUGUGUGCAGUGACCCUGUGCUGCUGGUUGUGCUGAGGAGGUGAAGACUCUCCUCGUUCCCUCGUACAUGGAUGAAACUGGAAGGGAAGAAACAAUCCGAAUCCUACAGCAGUUUUGCCUUGUGUUUCUCUGCACCUCGUAGCACAGAGCAUACUCUUCUGUGUCUUAGCUUUGAUCACCAAGGGGCCACGACAUGCUAACAGUCACCUCCCAGUAAGCUAGAGGCAGUCGUCCACCUGUCCUGUCUGCAGCAAAUAGUCGUCGUCUACCACGAGGUCACCAAAAUGCAAACUGGCCACAUGUUAUGCAGAAACCAAAUACGUACACAUAUUGACUUUCCCCUCGUCCGAGAAUGGCUAUGUUAGGAUGGCUGUAUAAGACAUGCCGUGUGGUCUGCCUGGUGGUUGUAUACGUAGGCGUGUGAGUGGCCGACUACUUGGUGGCGGCGAGACAGGUGUGUGUGCCAGUGUAUAGGUCGUAUAUGAUUGAUUCACUAUACACAACAAUCUGUGAUUUACCAUUGUGGUUCCUCAAAAUUUUUUUGUGUGGAAUACUAGCUGUAAUAUUAGUAAUAACAUUAAUCAUAAUAAGUUAAAAAAUAGUAAUAAUAAAAUAAUAUUAGUGUAUAUAGCGCAAGAAAUACACAACUGUGAUGCUGUUUCCUUGCUGAUUUUCUAUUAUUUAUUUAGGAGUCGAGUUGGGCCAGUAAUUAAUGUAACAAAAGAUCUGACAGGGUAGAAUGGGGUGUAUGUAUCUCAUGUUCAAGGCCCAGGUUAUGUUCUUGACUCAAAUUCUGUUCUGCUAUUCACCAUUGAGUCCUGCAUGGGGGGUCCCGUGGGGGGAGGGGGUCAAGGGUCAGCGGGGGCGGGCAUCACAGGUGUGCGCGGCGAGGCUCGGGACAACAAGACACCUGACUCGCCUCAUUACGGAAUAUUGUAUAUUUAAAAAUAACAACUGUAACGCGGUAUCAUGAGCUUGGUAUUGUAUAUUGGAGUCUCGAAAUGUGUUACUUGAUCAUGGAAAGUUUAUUUGACAGUAUAUAAUUAAACUAAAAUAAUCAA